ACUUUUAGCUCCAAAUUGCACACCACAAUUUGUCGCCAGUCGCCUGCAAUCCCUCAGAUUUUUUAUAAAGUCGAUGACAUGGCGCCGGCGAGCUUUGUCAUCAUGUUCGCCCGCAAUCGUAAGCUUCGGAUCGCAUUUGGCCUUAUCUUCUGGACGAGUCUCGCCGUGGCCCAGAAUGCCAGCGAUGAACGGGUCAGUGAGCGGUCUGGAAACCAACUGGACCUGGCUGGCUCGGCCACCGCCAAGAGUUUCGAACCACCGCCCGAAUUCUACAGGGGUCCAGGCUCAGGAGGGGGAUUGGAAGCCAACCGUCCCAUAAGUUCCAGCGGUCAUCCCGCUCUGGGAAGUGUGGGCGAAAGUCUAAGUGAUACCUACAAUAGGUGGCGAGCUGGAGGUGCAAGUCUCCAGGAUCGCAUCAGUGUGGGUCCCUACGGAGUCGCAGGAGUAGGAUCAUCGCAUGCACCGAAUGUGGGCAGCUUUGAAAGUAGUUCCCACCCGUAUCCCUACGAGUACUCCCACGGUAGCGGAGGAGGAGUAGGAGGAGCUGGUCUAGCAGGUGGAGCUGGUGGAGCUGGAAGUGGCGCUUAUUUCGGCAGCUCCAGUGUAGAGGCAGGUAUUCCCUUCGAUGUAUAUGGAUCGCGACCGGGUCACGGUGUUGGCCAUGGUCACUAUUCACCGCCCGAGUAUGCGUAUCCGUAUCCUCUGGAGCACCAUGAGGUAGCUGCGCACAAGGGUCCUGGCUACGGCGACGUAUCCUCCAAAGCCCUGCUGGCCAAGAGCUUUCUCAUCCCGUUGGCCAGUGCUGCAGUUCUGGGUAUCGCCGCCGCCCUGGUCAGCAAUCCUCUGCUCCUCCAGUUGGGCACUGUUUCGGGGCUGGGCACCAUCGUUGGCAAACGCAAACGACGCGCAGCAAGUCGAAGUCCGCGAGCGAGAAAAGUCCAUAAAUACAAUUUUUAAAUAUGCCAUUCAUAACCG